AUGAAGACUGAUAUGGCCAUACAUCUACUUAGUCCAGGAAAGAAAUCAUCUACUAUGGGACAUCAUUUCUCACACCCAACCAAUAAGUUCUGGAGAUCGCUACAUCAAUCAGGUCUGACAUCUAGGCUACUCGAUCCAACGGAGGAUCACCUAAUGCCUGAAUAUGGAUAUGGACUAACUAAUCUCGUCGACCGACCAACCUCCGAGCAAUCUGAACUUUCAACUUUGGAAAUGCGUCUAAACGUAUACAAACUCACAGCAAAAUUCCUUGAAUAUAAACCCAAAAUAGUCUGUUUUGUGGGUAAGAAGAUAUGGGAUGUCUAUGAGAGCGUAAUCAAGAAGACUGCUAUCCGGUCUAUCGGUCAGAAGAUGAAAUCAGAAAAGGGAUUAGGGACUCAAGCGCAAGUGAAGGUCGAAGAAGAGGAUUUGAUAUCGAGUGACAUAAAUACGAUAACAUCCUCUCGACGAGUAAAGCUGGAGUCACUGGACGAUCCAGAUCAGGAUACCUCUCUUUCGCCUGCUCCUGAACCAGAAGCAACUGUGAGAGUUGAAGAGCCGGGUCCCGAAAGACUAGUGAAGAUCGAGCCAGAUGAAUUGAACGAUUCCGCACGAUCAUCUGGGAAAUUCCCCAAGAGACGGAUGUCCAGGGUAACUAUAGAAGCAUUCGACGCUACCAAACCACGUAUAUUCAGAUUACCCCAUCAUUCGAUCGGAAGCGAAGAUGAGGCGGAAGGGUACACUUAUUUCUGGGUGGUCCCGAAUACAUCAGGAUUGGAGAGAACCCAGUUACCUGAACAAAUCGUCAAUUUUACAGCACUCAAAACGUUCCUCGGAAGAAUUAAAUCCCAAGCCGAAUUACAAGAAGGCGAAUGGAUAGAUAUCGAUCCUGCUGGAUUGGAAUAUACUGUCGAGGAGAUGAAAAGAGUCGCUCUGAGUAAGAAAGCAUGA